GCCCCCGCGGCCCCGAUGAUGGACAGGAACUACCCCGCGACCCCCGGCUUCGCCGAGCCCCUGGCCCCGGGCACCGCGCCGCCCGCCGCUUCCUGGGCCUACGAGCGCGGCGCCGGCAGCCUCAAGCCCAGUUUAAGCUAUGGAGGAGGACAUUCAUCACAUUCAGAAACAGACCUUCACAGACAGACAUACACAGCUUCUCAUCAGCUUCCUGGAUACUCAACUACCCAACAUCCUGCUGGUCUUUCAGGAAUAUUUGAUACCAGUAUGCACAGUGCUGGAGGGAACACUAAGGAAACUUCUUCAGUUAUGAAUUUUCUCUCUGCUAUUGAGUCUCGUACUGCUCAGGCAGUCUCUUCAGGAUCUACCCUUUUACCACAAUUCAGGGCUCCUUCCUGGCAGACAGGUAUGCAUUCCUCGACAGCCACAGAACUAUUUGUUACUGGAGCUUUGCCAACCUCUGGAACAUUUCCACCAACCUCUGCUUUGUCAGCGUAUCAGCAUCCCAACACCUUCAGCAGCAGAAACUUUGCUACUACCCCUUCUCUUACCCUUCAAGAUGCCACUUUCAGUGCUACAUCCAACGGUCUCUUAAGUGCCCACGAUCCUUUAUUGCAGAUUAAAACAUCCCAAGGCACUGUUCCAACCGCUUUGACAUUCGAGCGCCUGGGCAGCUCCGUUCUGAGUACCAGUGUGCCCCCCCAAUCAUCAACAUAUCGUUCUGCUCAAGAAUCUGCACCCCAUCUUUUGCAGCCUCAGUUCAGUUUGUUGCCUUCAACCCUUGGAGGAGCCCAGCAGGUGUCUCAGGCCUACAGCACAUCUGUGUUCACUGGUUCCACUGCUUCCAUGGACAGAGCACUUCAGCGAGAAUGUAGUGUUAUCAAACACCACCAGCGGCCUUCGAGUACUCAGUCUGUCCAGCCUCAACUGACUGUUUCACAGCAUUCCUUACACAGCUAUUUAACAAGUACAAGUGGAGUUAACUUUCAGGAUACAUCUAGGCACUCGGCGUUAUCCUGCAGUCCAGUUGGAGAUGUUACUCAGGUGAGCAAUGGAGGACCACAGCAGAAGACUUCUCAAGUCACAGUGGAACUCGCUCAGUCGUACACAUCUGCAAUUCCAUCGCCUGGUUUUCCCUCUGCUUCCACUGCAAAAGUGAAAAACUGUUCCAUGAAGCAGCCUCCGAGGUCAACAAAGACCCCCAAACCUCAGAGUGUAGCUCCCGCUGUGCAGACACAAAGCUAUGCCAAAACUGCACAAAACCAGAGUUCUGUCAUUACAGGCCAAGCACAGAUCUAUUCUACAGCACAGCUCCCCAGCCUCUUGUCCGUCAGUCAGUCCCAAAACUACGUUUCAUGCCAGGCUCAGAAUGUGCCACCUGUCAGCCACUCACAGGAUUUCUCAUCCAGUAAGGUUGAGAAGCUGCCCUCACUGUAUAAAACGUUGACUUUUUCUGGGCAAUCACAAGCUAUUACUUCUGACAGUCAGACUUUAAGUUACUCCUCAGAGGAACAGGUAUUGACCUCAGUUCCAAAUGAGAACUACUCUGGGCAAAUGAGGGAACUCUCUUCAGUCAGCCAAGCUCAGAACUACUCUUCUAGUCACUCUCAGGGUUUAUCUCCAGUUACCCAGUCCCAAGUUAAUUUUUCAUCUCAGUCACAAGUUUUAGCAGCUGUUAGUCCUUCAGAAAGCUAUUCUUCAGGGCAGUCUUUAACAUUAACGUCGCCUUCUCUUUCCUUUAACGCCUCUCCUCGGGUACAAACUCUUCCAGCCUCCAGCCCUAAUCAGAGCUAUAUUUCUUUACAUUCUUCUCAGAACUCUCAGUCCCAAGAAUCCUCCUCUCCACAGUCUCAAAAGUUUUUGCCAUCUGUCCAGUCUCCUUUUGCAUCCCCAGCUCACUCCCAGACGCUGCAGAACAACAGACCUUCCUCAGAAACAAAGUCCUAUGUUAAAAGGAAGUCUGACUCUAACUUAUAUGCCUCAUCGAAACAGGAGGAGGAAUUAUCAAUGCAGGACAUGCAGGCAUUGCAACAGCAAGCUGCUCUCGAAUCUUCCACUCAAAGCCUAACAGAGGAGGAGAUCAAUGCUCAGGAUGCGUCCUACAGGGUCUCAAAAGCAAAUGACAGAUACUCUCAAAGUGUAAUCAGAAGCAACUCUCGUCUUGAAGAUCAGGUUGUUGGACUUACUCUUCAAGGAACAAAAAAAGAUGAAAGAAUGGUCAGUUCUGUGGAACAGCUUUCCCAACACAUUGGCCAUAUCAGCAGCCUAAGCCAUGAUAUCAAAAAGACAACGAAUUUAAUGAGAACAACACAGGGAGCUGUGAGUGCUAAGGAACUAAACCAGCAGCAUUCCCUUAUGCAUAAGGUACAUGACAGUAAAGCUCAAGAGCAGCAGGGCCAAGUCAUUAGCACGCCACCACAGGUGCAGCCUCAUGCUUUAAGACAUGGUCAUCAGCUGUGCUUGCCCAGUGCACAGGUACUGCUGGAGUCAACCUGUGACUUGCAGAUCCUUCACCAGUCAAUCCUGCAGUCGGGUUUAGGACAAGCAAAGGCAUCACCACAAGUGCAAAGAAUACAGAGUCCUCAGCAGGUGGCACAUGCGUUCCUUCAGAUGGAUGGUCACGUUGUUCAAAGUAAUGGGGGUCAUUCUCAGCAGCAGCUUCAUAGUCAGAAUUCAGAAGUAAUGAAAAUGGACAUUUCUGAGUCUUCAAAACCACUACAGCAGCAUUUGACAGCAAAAGAUCAUUUUACUCAGACAAAUCAACAUGAUGCAAAAAAUCAAUUUGUUUCUCUUAGUUCGAUAUGCUUCCCAGAAUCUAUGCUUCUCAGUGAUGAGAGGAAUAUAUUAUCCAACGUGGAUGACAUCUUAGCAGCAACAGCAGCAGCCUGUGGAGUGACACCAUCUGACUUUGCCAAAUCAUCCUCUAAUGAAGAGGAAAUCCAAACUGUUGAAAAUAGUGAGGAGUCUAAAACACAGUUCCGAUCGCUGGAUUCCAGACAUGUGUCUUCUGUUUUCAGUGCCUCACCUACUGUAGUUGGAAAGCCAGCAAGCAGAAAUAAUAUUUCUCUGAAUGGAGGCCAAAUUACUCUAAAUCUUACCCCAGUGUCAACAAUACAGACAAAAGCUGUGAACCUGGAUCAGCAGCACCUUGAAUCUUCUGAUCAGACUGUACCAAUAAGAAUGACCUCUCCCACCCUUGGUCCUGGUCAGGAGGAGCAGGAGGCUGUGCGAGUGAAGAAACAAUCCAGCAUCAGUCAUGAGUCUGAAGAAGAUAAUGAAGCUUCUGUUGAUGGUGCACUGAAUGCAAGGGAGACAGAUUUUGUUUCAAGUGGUAGGAGCCUAAGUGAGGAAAGUGCUGCUUCAGAGAAUGAUUUCAGUGUGGGUGGUGAUGAUGGUACAGUGUCAGGUAACCAGUCAAAGGUUCCAUUGCAGCCUCUGUCUGUGCCCCAAAGUUCAGAUGGAGCCAUUAAUAGAACUGAAGAAGAAUGCCAAGAUUUAACUCAAGGGAACCUUCAGAAGAAAAAAAGCAAAGGAAAAAGCCAAAACAAAAAUGCUGCAGAAGAUGACAGUGCAACUCAGAAACAGGUAAAAAGAAGUGGACAGUGUAAACGUCAAAAUUCAAGAGGAAAUGAUGCAUGUUUCACAUACUCUUCUCCUGUUUCUGAAGGUUGUUAUGAUACUUACCAACAUCAGGAAAGAAUGAGGCAAAAAAUUAAAGAAGUUGAAGAAAAACAGCCUGAAGUCAGAACAGGAUUUAUUGCAUCUUUUUUAGACUUUCUGAAGUCUGGGCCUAGGCAACAGUUUUCCACUCCAGCUGUACGAAUGCCAAACAGGACUAGGAGACCAGUCGCACAAAUAGUUCGUCCCCCUUGCCUGCAGCCCUCUGCAAAGCCUCAGCCAGCAGCAGCAGCACCUGUGGCUGCUGAGGUCAGUGGAGAAAGUCCAACCAAAAAAGCUGAUGAGGAACUUAAGAAAAAUUUAGAAACGCUGCCUUCAUUUUCUUCUGAUGAAGAUGAUUCUGUGGGUGGUAAUCAUGAUCUUCAAAAGAGCAUCUCUACUGCAUUGUCAGCCCUGGAUGAAACAUCUGAGAAAAAGAUCAAAUCAGAAACUGAAAAAGUGACAGUUGUUACUGCUGCUGCCACCACCACCAGUGCUGUAGUAAAGCAGGAAUCUCCACAGACAGCUGCUCCUGUAGGCAAUGUGCAGGAGAAAAUGAAUCCAGCUGACCCCUUAAAAGUAGCUCAACAGGAUGCUGUGACUUCAGAACAAUUGGCAAAAAUGCAGGAGACUGUUGCAAUAGAAGGAUGUACUGAUGAGGAGAAUAUGGACAGUGAAGGAGAGGGGAUGUACAGAGAACGUGAUGAAUUUGUAGUGAAGAUUGAAGAUAUAGAGACACUAAAGGUUGCUUUGCAGACAGGAAAAGAGCCUCCAGCUAUUUGGAAAGUACAGAAGGCUUUAUUGCAGAAGUUUGUUCCUGAAGUGCGUGACGGCCACAGAGAGUUUGCUGCUACUAACAGUUAUCUUGGGUACUUUGGGGAUGCAAAGACAAAAUACAAACGAGUUUAUGUGAAGUUUGUUGAAAAUGCAAACAAAAAGGAAUAUGUCAGAGUAUGCUCAAAAAAGCCACGAAUCAAGCCUGUGCAGUCAGCAAGAACUAUUCACUGCAAACCUAGUAAUAGCAACAUCAAACCCCCUGAUCCACCAACACCAAAACCAGCAGCAACAAAAGUCUCUUCUGUGAAACCCAAAGCUAAACAGCCAAAGGUAAAGGCUGAACCACCACCAAAGAAAAGGAAAAAGUGGAAAGAAGAAUUUUCAUCUUCCCAGUCUGAUUCUUCACCUGAGGCCCAGAGUGAAGAAGAUGAGGUUGUACCUCCAGCUCCACUUGUUACUCGUUUUUUGAAUACAAGAGCUAUGAAAGAGACUUUCAAGAGCUACAUGGAGUUGCUUGUGAGCAUUGCCUUGGAUCCAGACACAAUGCAAGCCUUGGAAAAGAGCAAUGAUGAACUGCUUUUGCCUCACAUGAGAAAGAUUGAUGGAAUGCUGAAUGACAACAGGAAAAGGCUGCUGUCCAAAUUGCGCUUGGAUCACGCUUUCAAGAACGCUUUGGAAAACUUUCCUGAACUGACAGUGGUCACUCGGGAUUCCAAGACAAAGUGUGGAGGGACAUCUGUGUCCAAGAUAAAAAUGAAUGGUAAAGCUUACAACAAGAAAACACUGAGGGCUUCUAAAUCAACCACUAAAUCAGCACAGGAGUUUACAGUAGAUCCAGAAAAAAUACAGUUGUAUUCUUUGUAUCACUCACUCCAUCAUUACAAAUAUCACAUAUAUCUAACAUGUAAAGAAGAGAUUUCUUCUGUUCAGAAGACGAGUGCAGAUCUAGGCCAGGAGGAGAUCGUGCAGCUGUGCAUGAAAAACAUAAAAUGGGUGGAGGAUCUUUUUGAAAAGUUUGGUGAACUCUUGAAUCGUGUCCAGCAGAAAUGCUCCUAACAGAAAUGUGUCCCAAAUCCCACAUUUUUCUAUGGCACUAACCUGAUGGAACAGAAAGCUCAGAGAGAGGCUCUGAUUUCUUUCACAAUGCCAGACUGCAUUCUUGUUCGUAGCCAUUUUUAUUUCUCUUUAUGGAACUCUGUGCCUUGGCUCGUGCUAAGGAAAAGUGAUGCUGCCAAGGAAAUCAGUCCUUUGGAGAUGGAACUAAACAUAAACCUAACCACAUUUUUAACCUGAAGAGUUAUUUUCGAUUUUGUAAACUAUUGGAUAACUUAGUUUUAUUUUCAGAAAUGUUUUUGACAAGUGAUGAAGCAUGCACUACAUAUACUUUUUUUUCUUUUUUAUUGCUCAACAGAUAACAACACUUAAAAUACUACAGAUUUUUCCAUCCCUGACUAAGUGAGAGAAAAAUCAGCGUUGGGGCGAACUAAUUUAUACAUGUCUGGCCACCAAAUUUAGAGUUUUGUACAUUUUGUGAACAGAGCUGGAGUGACAUCAGUUUCUGCAUACGUAUAUUGCCAUCAUAAAAUCCAGAAAUUUCAUUAUGCUUUAUGGACUCCUUUUACUAUUGUCAUGUUUGGGAGACCAAACAUGGAGUUGGUGCAAUCCUAUGACUGCUUUUGUGUCAAAUUAUAUUGUAAUGAAAGACAAUGACCUUAACUAUUUUCCCUGUUUUGAAGAAAAAAAUAUUUUCCUUUAUACUGUGGUUUUUUUUUUCUUUUGGAAAAAAAAAAAUCAAUUGUACAUUUUAUCUCACUAAUAGUUGUAUUUUUCACAGAGGAAAUAUUGUGGUUAAAAUUGUUACAUGUAUCUUUGUAAUACACUUCCCAUUGUUUUCAGUAAAUCCUAUUCAUUUAUAUGUUGAUUUUAUAUUGUAAACUAUGUAUCUCGAGGUAACCCUUUUGUUUAUACAGGUUUGCUUCAGUGUUAACCAGAAUAAUGCAUAAUGCAUACUAGACUAGUUUUGCUUUAAGUGUAGUUGUGUUAGACACUGCAAUUAUUUCCUGGUAUGUGAAAAUAAAUUUCUUACUGAACUA